UCGGGCGUUAGGAGGUCCCGUCCUGACGGCAGGGCUGUGGGAGGCUGUGGGGUUGGUGACCCGUCCCGCAACCCUUCUAGGCUCCGGGCCUCAACUCCCGGGACGUCCUGGACCAACUCAAGCAGCAGUUCCCCAGGAUCCCCCCUCACUUGACGACCCAGAUGGAGCAUGUUUACUACUUGUUCCAGAAGAUCCGCCAGGGCCUCCAGGAACAUCACAAGCAGGCAGAAAGCUUCCUGCGGAUCAUGGAGACCUGCGGCCAGCCUCUGGGCUUCCAGCCGGGGGAGCUCCAGGACAGCCAGGUCUGCCCUGGUGAACAGGCCGAGCAGGACUCCUGGAGGCCGGCCAGCUUCGAGGCUUCCUGGCCCCCGGGGGGCAAGACCCUGCGGCCCUCUAGUCUCCAGGGGCCACACUUCGAAGACGUCAUGACCUCAAGGUCAUCCGACUGGCUCCAGCAGCUGGACGGUGCCCCAGUCCGCCAGCUCGACGGGCAGCCGUCCUGGGACCCGGAGCCCCGGUUUUGGCAGGAUGUUCUGACCGAGCAGCUCUGGCAGAUGUUUGCCUGCGCCCACGAUAGGGUGGACCAGCCGAGACACAGGAUGACGGAACAGGCGCCAGGCCUGGAAAGCGAGGCCCCGGGACCACGCUGCUCCUCAGGAGGCGAGCUGCACACUGGAGUUCUCAGCCCGCCUAUGCCCUCCCCCGGCUCCCUUGAGGGUUCCCGAGAAGGUGGCACAGGGCUGGGCCCUGAGAGAUGGGGGGUGCUCUCCCGCAUGGCCCAGGAGCCUGCUGGACGAGCCUAUCGAUUUCUGAAGCCCAUAUGCUGGGAACCCGAGGACUUCGAAGACACGUGGAAGAGGCCGGAUGCCUCGCCCUGGCAAUCCAAGAAGUUGGCCGUCCCGCACAGAAUGGAGAAGAUGCGCACGCUGAACCAUGGGGAGCCCGUGCUGGCCACGGCGGUCAGCAGCUUCACGCGGCACGCGUUCACCUGCGCCAGGGGUGGCGUCAAGGUGUGGAGUUUGACGGGUCAGGUGGUGGAGGACAGGUUUCCAGAGAGCCACCUGCGUGUACAGACCCAGGGGGCCUACCUGCGCACCUGCCUGCUGUUCUCCAACAGCACGACCCUCCUGACGGGCGGCCACCACCUGGCUGGCGUGAGCGUGUGGGACCUGACGGCGCCGUCCCUGCACGUGCGGGAUGAGCUGCCCUGCACAGGUCUCACCUGCCAGGCCCUGGCCGCCAACCCCGUGGACAGCCUGGCCUUCGCCGGCUUCACCGACGGCACCGUCAGGAUCUGGGACCUGCGGGACCAGAGUGUGGUCAGGGACCUGCCGGGCCCCCCAAAUGGAGCCAAGAGCAUCGCCGUCAAAGACCAGAAUGUCUGGACGGGGGGUCUGGAUGCCUGCCUGCGGUGCUGGGACCUGCGGGCAGCCAGGGAGCCCCAGGAGUACCAAUUCGAGUCUCAGCCCCCGGCAGGACUGGCUGCUGCUGGGCAUGGCCAAUGGCCAGCAGUGGCUGCAGCCCACCUCUGGGGGCCAGAAGCACCUGGUGGGUUAUAAGGACAGCACCAUCCUCGGUCUCAAGUUCUCCCCCUUUGGUGAGUGGCUAGGCUCGGGGGGAGUCCCCAGCGGCCCCCAGCCUGCCACAGGGCCCUGCCCCACUUAGAUCAACUCCACCCGACCCUUUCUGACCCCCCGACCCCCCACGUGCUGUGUGAGCAGGAACCACUCUCAGCGAUGCAGGAGGGAGGUGGGGGGCUCCCUCCGUGUCUCAGAUCCCCAGGGGUCUGGCCCUCGGCUACCAGCUUUCCUGGUGCCCUCUGCGUCCUUCCAGGCCAGUGGUGGGUGAGCGUUGGGAUGGACGACCUGGUCAGCAUCUACAGCAUGCCCACAGGGACCAUGGUGUUCCAGGUACCAGGGUGGGGCAGGCGUGCCCCCAUGUUCGGG